AUGAGUAUUGAGGAGCAACUCAGAGCGAGGAGGUCGCGCGGGAGCCAGCGCGCUGGCCUGGAGUCGGCGGCGGGGGAAGAGCGCGGGAAACAGUGCCAGAGGCGACGUGAUUUGCCCGAAGUCGGCAACUUCCUGGAACUGGAAACCAAUCGGAAGACUUCCGCGUCGCUGCUCUUUCCGCUGUGCUCAGGUUACUCAGCGCCUCGGGACCCGCUUUUUGAAAAGGAAAGGAGAGGUCGGCCCGGGAGCGCCCCUGAAGGAAAUGUUCUUCGGACUCGCCUCCAGCUUGAAGCUUUCCAUCCCUCCAGGACAGAGUCGGCCUUCACAGCCCUGGGUUAAAGGGUUUUACAGCUUCUGGGCCCUGUUGGCCUCUCCAUCACACACCUCCACCCACGUGAGCCACUCUGCUCGGCCGCACUGAAUUUCAGCUGCCGGCCACCACACCUGCCACCACACCUGCCAUUCCCAACUCUCUCCCUUCCCUCCUGCCUAGAACAGCAGUCGGCUGUUCACUUUACAGGUCUCAGCUCAGACGGUAUGACAGGCAGCCUCUAAGCUGGCCCCACUGAUCCCUGCCUCCUCCUGUUCAUGCCCUUGGGAUUCUGAAGAACAGAAUGUGGCAGAAGCUGCUGUGUUGCAAACUGCCCUGUGAUGAGGGCCACGUGACAAGGAACAGAGGGAGGCCUCCAGCCAAGAGCCUGUGGGGGAACCGAAUCCUGUCGACAACCACGUGAGUGAGCUUGGCAUCGGGUCCUCCCCCAGCUGAGUCCUCAGAUGAGUUGGCAGCCCCAGCGGUCAGCGUUAACCUGCGACCUCCUCCUCCAAGACCUUCAGCCCUGAGGCAGCCAGUUAGGGCACGCCUGGAUUCCUGACCCAAAGAAACUGUGAGAUAAUAAAUGUUUGUUGUUUUA